AAUGCCAAAGAAAAAAUCCUGGUAGAAAAUGAUGUGAGACCAUGGGAUCUGAAAGGUAUUGAAAUUAUGGGGAUAAGGGAAGAUGAAUUGACCGCACUACUUAGGGGAACUAUGCUGUCUGGAAAGGAAAAGGAAUAUUUUGAAAA